AUGAGAAUAGAACUUAAAGUUAUUGAAGGAAGAAAUUUAAAGGGAGCUGAUUUCGGUGGACUUUCUAGUGAUCCUUAUUGUAAAAUUAUUACAAGACAAUGUACCCAACAAACACAAACCGUUUACAAAACCAGAAAUCCAUCAUGGAAUAAGUCAUUCAUAAUGGAUGUUUUUCCAGGUGAAGAUAUUAAAUUUGAAGUUUAUGACUAUGAUACCUUUGGAAAGAAUGACUCUCUUGGAUCAACUCAUUACAAAGUUUUGAAUGGUUUCCCAGGUCAAGUCGUUGAUACUUGGUUAGGUCUUUCAAAAAAAGGUGAGAUUCAUAUCCAAAUUAUUUUCCAAACUGGUGCACCAGCCCCAGGAAUGGUUCCACCAAUGCAACCAGGCAUGAUGCCACCACCCGGUGCUUACCCACCACCAGGAUAUCCACCAAUGCAACCAGGUAUGGUGCCACCUCCUGGAGCCUAUCCACCACCAGGAUAUCCACCAAUGCAACCAGGUAUGAUGCCACCACCAGGAUUUUAUUAA